UAAGGGAACUCGCUCGGUUGGCUGUCGGGUUGAGGAGAGGAAUGAAGAGGGCGGCUUAGGGAGAUUGUGAGGUCCGGGCAGCAGCAGCAGGAGAGGGACAUGGCUCCCAUAGGGGUGAGAGUGUCCCGGAGCCGGGUGCUGCUCUGCAUCUUGCUGCUCAGCGGCAUGAUCUAUUACCAGUGCUCCAGGUCUGUGAGAAACGCGGGAAGCCGGGUCGAUCUCCGCCAGCUCCUGUCUCUGGCCAUCAUCGCGGCGGAGGAAGGAGGCAAAGCGGUGAGAGCGGUGAGGGAGUCGGACUCGCUCGGCCAGAGAUCCAAAGGGAAAACCAAGGAAGGCGCCGAGGAGCUGGUGACGACCGGCGAUUUGCUGUCGCAUGGGAAGAUGAGCAGUUUGUUCAGCAACGCCUUCCCAGGCAUCAAGUUGAUUUCAGAGGAGCAUGAUAACUCCAAAGUAAACAAGAGCCUCACCUGGAAUUAUGAAAUCCCUAAUUUAAUCCAGGAAAGCAUUGGCAAGGCUAGGAUGGUAUCUACAAAAAGUGUAAUGGUAUGGAUUGAUCCAUUGGAUGCAACCCGGGAAUACACAGAGGACCUGAAUCACUUUGUAACCACUAUGGUGUGUGUGGCUGUAGACGGAAAGCCAGUUAUUGGUGUCAUACAUAAACCCUUUUCAAAAUACACAGCUUGGGCUAUGGUUGAUGGUGCAUCAAACAUUCAUCCACGGAAAGCCUACAAGGAAAAGACACCUACAGUAAUUGUCUCCAGAUCCCACGCAGGAGCAGUGAAGUCUUACUGCAAAGGAGCUUUUGGAAAUGACACUACCAUUAUCCCUGCAGGCGGAGCAGGAUACAAAGUACUUUCACUUUUGGAUACUGGAGAAGACACGCAACCUGAUAGUGCAGAUGUGUACAUCCAUGUGACCUUCAUUAAGAAGUGGGACAUUUGUGCUGGUGAUGCCAUACUGAAAGCUUUGGGAGGUCAGAUGACAACAAUUGAAGGAGAUGCCAUCGAUUACAGUGACUUUCCCUCCAAUAAUGGUGGACUUGUAGCAAGUAUUGGGAUAGAUCACCACGCUUUGCUUAAACGGUUACCUGAUCUCAAAAGCCUUGCUCCAAAAAUGUAGAUUUUAAAUAAACUGAGGGAAACAGGCUUCUCUCCAGUUGUGCUCAUUGUGAUAAACCUUUAAAGAUUCAUGAGCAGAACAUGUACAAAAUUUCACAAAUAAUGUGGAUGGAUUUCUUCCCCAAUGACUUGAAGAAAAAUCAACUCAGAGGUCUUCCAAAGCAGUUCCCACUGUUCAAAUGAUUGUAAAAAUUAAUAGCACCUCUGUGAUUUCCAAAAAACAUUGUUGUAAAAUGUGUACUCCCAUAGAACCAUGUUUAAUUGAUUGAUCCACACCCGUUUGAGCCUUCUUUUUGCAGACAGAAUUAUUGUUUAUGUGAGUUUGUCACUGAUUUUUAAAGUAAGUCUAUAUAUCAAUUAUUUACUGCUAAAGCAUUGUCCCCAAAAGGAAAAUUUCAGUGACUGUUUUCUUUAAUGUAUCAGUGCAAGAACUCACUGUGACGGAAUCAUUUCUCUGUGUGAUCGAACUUCUGAUAUCGCUUGGGUUUUCUGGGCAGGCGAUGUGCAGAGACUUGAUUGGUAGUGGGGUGAGACAGAAUUAGUGAACAAGUGGUCAGGGCUGUGUCACACAGAUCUUAGAACAUGGUUAAGGAGCAGAAUAAAUCACCUACUACCAUCUUGCCUGGGGAAUAAUGUGUAGCAUACCAAGUCCUGUGGGGACUGGUUAUCUGAACUCAAAGAGUGGGAGAAGUAUAUGACUCCCAAAGCGACAAUUGCCAGUAUAGUGAGUGUAGUUGGAAUUUAAUUUGCUGCUUUCUACAAAACUAUUGAUCAUGCCACAUUAAAUCCUAUACCAAUCCUCCUGCUGUAUUGAAAAUGCAUUGAUCUCUUCUGAAGACCAAUUUCAUUUACCUGAUUGUAGAUAUCGUAUUUUAUUGCCCUUGCAUAAAAUAUAAAAUACAAUUUUCCUAUAAAUCUCUGUUUUCUAAAAAUGUGGAUUUUUAAUAUUUCAGUUAGACCUGCAUUUAUUAAUGCCAUGCGGUGAAUGGGACCUCCUUUGAGCUGUAGCUGAUUGAUUUGCUUUAAAUUAGUCAGCUUGAACUUGAUGACCUCAAGUGUUGAUAGGAAUAGCAGAUGAAACAGUCAGUGUGAUUUGUUUUUAAAAAUCAAAAUCGCCUUUGGUAUCUAAAAGAAACUUCCCAAAAUAGAAGCAAACUUUUCAAUUGGGUUUUCCAAUUUCUUUUUUCAAAGUGAAUGGUGGUUUUGUUUGUAUAUAUUUUAAAAUAUUGUAUUAGGGUUUGAUUGUUUAGUGAUAGAUCAAAAUAGGACAAUUAGGAGGGAUAACUUCAAUACCCUUUAUAGAUUCAUAGAAGACUUUCUGUAUCAGGGUCACAGAGGAGCUUACUGUAUGUUCCAUAUGCUCUGCAAAAUAUAUCAGUACUUACAAUGUCACUUGUAUGAGUAACCUUCAGGGUGACUCCAUGAUGCAACACUCUCGGAGAAUACAUCUUAGAAAAUCAUUGCCACCUAGAUUUUUUAUCCAUUGAAUGACAGAAAAUCAGGAGUUGGGCACCCACUAUUUUCCAAGAGGCACAUGUUUUGAACACCAGAUUUCAGCACAAUCGUCAAAAUCAUGACGAUUUAUAGUAAUUACUGGAGAACUGGGGUAGCAUGUGUUAACUCUGAAAGCCCAAAGAAUGUCUUGUUUUAUUACUUGAUCUUGGUUCAUUCACUUUCCUUUUUUGUAAUUGACCAAUUUUAUUCCUUCAUCUGAGAUGACUUAGCUAUGAGUAUAGCAAUAUAAAGCUAAUUUGAAUCUGGGUCUUCCAGUUGCAUGCACAGCAUACCACAAAUUCUCCUCCUGCUCUAUUUAUUAAUAUAUCAAGAGGUGUCUAUCACUGGUGAAUAAUCAGCUUUAGGAGAUUCACAUGAUUGAACAUUAUUGAACUAGAUUCAUGAUUUUUAUUCAUUAUAGCAGAAGCUUGUUACCUUAUUUAAAGUUGUAUGUUGGAUUGUUGUAAUUGCACUCAUUAGUUUUUUUUUAGAGGUUGGGUAACUUGUUAAAUUUGGAAAAAUAGAAAAUAAAUAACUAGAAUAA